AUGGAGAAGCAGUUUCCGGAUCUGGAGCUGCAGCAUGUGCCCCGCGGCACAAAUAAGGAAGCUGAUGAGAUCGCCAAGAGGGCGUCAAAGCGUCAGCCCCAGGAACCAGGCGUCUUCGAGGAGCGUCUCUUCAAGCCCUCAGCAACCCCACCAACCGCUGAGCCUGUACCACCUCGGGAGGAGCUCCCCUCGCCACCAACUUCAGGAGCCCCCGCCUGCGGCCCGACCUCGGGAGCACGUCUGCUCCUGCCACUUGAGCCUCAGGAGGGGUGCUGGACCGAGGAGUCCAAGGCAUACUUGACACAAGGCACGUUUCCGAAGAAGGAAGAGGACGCAGAGCGUGUGGCCCGGCAGGCUACAGUGUACUACAUUCGGGACGGUGAGCUAUACAGGAAGCGGCCAAACGAUGUUUCUCUACCAUGCAUCUCCAGGGAACAGGGGAAUGAGUUGCUGGCCGACAUACAUGGCGGAGACUGCGGGCACCACUCAUCGUCGCGCACCCUAGUCGGCAAGGCUUUCGUAGCGGGUUCUACUGGCCCACGGCACUCAACGACGCGGCCGAGCUAG